CAAUCUGCAAAGCGGCGCCGCACUUUCAUUUCCCUUUUUCGACCAAACUGUCAAGCUCAUUUCCGCUUCUCGCUGUUCGUUCUCUUUUCAUUGUCGAAUCUUGACAAAGCAACACGCAUUGUGGACGAGCUAAGGUGCUAACGUCCACCCGGCAACAAUAUGGUGAACCAUCGUAUUCCGUCGGUCUUCUCCAAGACCUAUGUGACCCCGCGUCGUCCGUUCGAAAAGCCGCGCCUCGAUGCGGAACUGAAAAUCAUCGGCCAGUACGGUCUGCGCAAUAAGCGUGAGGUCUGGCGUGUCAAGUACACCCUGGCCAAGAUCCGCAAGGCCGCCCGAGAGCUGCUCACCCUCGAGGAGAAGGACGAAAAGCGUCUGUUCCAGGGUAACGCUCUGCUGCGUCGUCUGGUUCGUAUCGGAGUGCUGGAUGAAUCCCGCAUGAAGCUCGAUUACGUUCUCGGUCUGAAGAUCGAGGAUUUCCUGGAGCGUCGCCUGCAGACCCAGGUGUUCAAGCUGGGAUUGGCCAAGUCCUACCAUCAUGCUCGCGUUCUGAUCCGCCAGAGACACAUCCGCGUCCGUAAGCAGGUCGUGAACAUUCCGUCGUUCAUCGUCCGCUUGGAUUCCCAGAAGCACAUCGACUUCUCGCUCAAGUCGCCCUUCGGUGGUGGCCGUCCUGGUCGCGUCAAGAGGAAGAACAUGAAGAAGGGACAGGGUGGCAGCGGUGGUGCCGAUGAGGAAGAGGAAGAUUAAGCCAUUCGUUUGAGAGAAACACCAACCUCCCCUGAGGAUGUCCGGUCAAAUCCGUCGUAGUCGUCUUGCAAAUGUGUGGAAUCGCAUGGCAACAGGUUGCCGGCGCCAAUUCCGAUAAUGCCGGAUGUUUUCGGGUGGUGUUUUAUUUCGGAUAAGGAAAUAAUUAAAAAUAUAAACUUUUAUUGUCAAAAGUUA